AGCAUUACAUUCAGUACGCUGCUGCCUCUCAGCGUACAGAACAGCAUCCAGUGGACCAGUUCUCUACACAAUUUAUGUAUUUUCUUUCAUACGGACGUGUAGACACUCUUAUUACUUUCAGCUAAAGUAAUAGUUAUUUUUGAAUUUUUACAAGGGGCACACAAGAAAGCCAGAGAAUCACCGAGGACGUGUGAGAGUUUUUAACAAACAAUCCCUUUGGUCUGACCUGCUUGUUAGCUUUUUUGCCAAGAGAGUUAUUUUUCUACGGUCCAAGGAAACAUGAGCUUUCUUUUUGGAAACCGUUCAUCCAAGACGUUCAAGCCCAAGAAGAAUAUCCCGGAGGGUUCGCAUCAGUACGAGCUGUUGAAACAUGCAGAGGCUACACUGGGUAGUGGAAACCUGCGCAUGGCAGUCAUGCUGCCCGAGGGGGAAGACUUAAAUGAGUGGGUCGCAGUCAACACUGUGGAUUUCUUCAACCAGAUCAACAUGCUCUAUGGCACCAUCACAGAUUUUUGCACAGAGGAAAGCUGUCCAGUCAUGUCUGCUGGUCCUAAAUACGAGUACCAUUGGGCGGAUGGAACCAACAUCAAGAAGCCAAUCAAAUGCUCCGCUCCCAAGUAUAUCGAUUACCUCAUGACCUGGGUGCAAGACCAGCUGGAUGAUGAGACCCUUUUCCCUUCAAAAAUCGGUGUCCCCUUCAAGCGAAACUUUAUGUCCGUGGCGAAGACCAUCCUGAAGCGCCUGUUCAGGGUCUACGCUCACAUCUACCACCAGCACUUUGACUCUGUGAUGCAGCUGCAGGAGGAGGCCCACCUCAACACGUCGUUCAAACACUUCAUCUUUUUUGUUCAGGAGUUCAACCUCAUCGACAGGAAAGAGCUGGUUCCACUUCAGGAGCUGAUUGAAAAACUGACAACCAAGGAUAGAUAAAUAACAAUGUAACCCUUAUUUUAUUGGUCUUCUAGUUUUUUGCACAGAUACCCACCCCGCCCCGCCCUGGCUGUAUGUAUGCAGUAAAUACUAUAUUUCCAUUUGGGGAAAUGUUUUUAAUAAGGCCAGGAAGAAGGAAGGGUCUUGAUAGGGUUAAGGCUAACGCUAUCAGGGAUCACACACUAGAACAAGCCACAGAUUAACAUAUAGGAGGAGAUGUUUUUAUUGGUAUGGAACGAGCCCCAGCAUUCAGUCAUGGCUUACAUUUAGAAUAAUAUAGACUUAUGCUCAUUAGUUUUUUAUUAUACUGCACAGAUGUUUGUUUCACUUGGAUUGAUGGCAACACGAGGCGUUUCGAUGCUCUUAGAUUCCCAUUUCUAACUCACUUGCAGGGUAGAAGUGUGUAAGCAAAGUUACUGAAUCAUAUUAGGAAGGCUAUGGGGGUGUAACGGCUAGAGUUUAAGCCAACGUCACCGCAGUAGCUAGUUAUUUUAUUCAAUUAUCUACAUGGAUGGAUUUGGGCUGGGGUCUGCUUUUUUCUCAUCUGUAAGAGCCUGCAUCCUUCAAAACAAAAUAAUCCUAAGUGCCUCACAUGGCUCAUUUUUGCCCUAUUUCAACAAAGAAAGCUGUAAGAAGAUAAAUGCCAUAAACCACUGACUUAAUAGACAAAACAUGAAAUGAUCCAUGCCACCUCCUUCUGAGUUUCUGUGGUUCUAUAUCUACGCCCAUUUUCUUCACACUCGCCAAUGUUAUUCUUACUUUGAAAGUCUAUUAACCAAGUGUUCUGUGCAGGUUAUGAUACAUGAAUGUUGUGAGGAAAUAGAAAUAAGGCUAGAAUAUUGUCAUGUUGUAGCAUGGACUUAAAUUGAUUAAACUGUGUAGCUUUUCCUUUAGUGACAUGUUCCUCUGUACGAGUUGUUUCCCCUCAAAACUUGAAGUAGAAACAAAUCUUAGGAAAAGUCUUCAAGGGAUCUCAAAUUGUAUAUAAACGUCCUCAAAUAGAAAUAGAGACCUGUUUGAAUUCACGACCUAAAGUGUUCAAUAAUAAUUGGAUUAUGCUGCAUCCCUUGUUAUCUCACUCGCCAUAAAGCACUUUGAACUAUUUCCCUGACCUCUUUUUGCCUGAAUGUUUAUUCUGCAUAGACUGUGCUUUGUGAGAAGCUGUAUCAUGUGACUGAUCAUAGUUUAUUUCCUCCCCUCUUACUUCCCCAAAUGAAUGUUGAAUUGCUCAACCUCCUCUGAAAUUGGCUGUGAGGCACAAGUGAGAUUUAUUAUGCUUUUUGUAUGUGUUGUUUGUCGCUGUGCUUCAAACAGCAGAUGCAUGAACCCUUCCCAAUAUCAAAUGUUGUUGACGAUGCAAUCAUUUACACUAAAAGGGUGGCUCAUUCAUACUUUAUCUAACAUUCAUUUCCUUUAUAGUGCUUAAAUUCUGGGUUAUGAUGAAAUGGUCUUUCAGGUUUGGUUUAAAAGCAGGGAGAUGAACACUUUAUAUAUCGUUAUAUAUAACUUGUGAGAGAGGUGUAAUACUUCAAUGCACACGUGUAAAUACUGAGGGUUAGACCUGUCUUAAAGAUCAUUUUUCAGCGAGCAUGGAGUGGCAGCUUUUGCCAUCAUGUCUUUUUUGAGGCUGCUUUCCUCCCCCAUAUUGAAACCUUGUUUGUUUUAUUGUAUCUUUUCCCACUUCCUUAGCUUACUAUUCUGAAUGUUACUGCUCACCAGAUAUCCGAAAAUGUAAUGUAAAAUCAGUCAUCCUGAAAGCAUCUCAUCCUUAUGAAAUGCUCGUAACAUAGCCUAUUGCCUACGGUUUUUCCUCCUUGACUGUAAUAAUUCUUGAGAUGUUUGUAAAUAUUGGCUUGGUAGGGGUUUUCAAUGCUACUGAAUUGAUUUAUGCUGUUUACAAGGAAAAUAAAGGUGGUCUUGACUCUUUGAA